ACAAGCGCCGUCCUUAUCUACGACUCUCAACAACUAUGGACGAUACCAAUACCAACAAUUCGUCGACGUCAACAAUAACUGCAAAAAUUGCCUCAAGUAAAUUCAGGCUGGCUAGAAUCGAAAUGAGCCGGUCUAUGGAGUUCUUACAGUCACAGAUAGAAAGAGGGACCCAUAUUAGUUCUUUGAAGACUUUGGCGCAGAAAACAGAAGACCGAUUAGAACAAAUGAAAGUAAUAGCAACCGAAGUGUUCGCAAAUGGAUCUUCGGAAGAGAACGACGACGCUAUGGAGAUAUGUGCAUGUCUUUCACGACAACUUAUAGAGCUAACCCACAACGUCAACACUCUAGGCGAAGACUUAACCAGCUGUUCUGGUUCUAAUACAAUAAACGUAAACAAAUCGACGCCUGUAUCCCGGCGAAACCCCUUCGUCAAGGACACUUAUGCCGAAAAUCACUUCACUCAGCCCUCUAGCAACCGCGUGAACAAUUCAUCUGAUGGAGAGCCAAUUAACUUACAGAACGACAUGCUACUUCACCAACACUCAACCACCGACGUACCGCAAAUAUCUUUGAACCACUCUGCAAACGAAUCAUUGUCUAGAGAGUUGACCUCUCUAAGUUCUCAGUCAAGAGAAGAAAGCUUGGAACAAAAAAGGUUUACAGGAUAUGAACAAACUAUUCAACCAACGAAUCAACUACUACUAACAUCAGUACACCAAGCAUUGCCAGACAACUUACAUUUGAAUCGAAGCCAUGAUUCGUUUCAGUUUUCAGCUCCAGCAGUCCAUGCAAAUCUCCACGAAAAAUUUUCAUUGGAAUCUUCAUUUGCUUAUUCCAAUCGUCAGCAACCAGGAAACGCUAUACAAACAUCAACUUCAAAGGAAAAUAAUUUCCAUCUAACUCAUCAGAAAAAUUUAGAGCAGUAUACAUCUCCCCCUACUGUCAUACAAGCGAAUCGGAACCCGUUUGCUCAAAGUCACUCGGUUGAACAGUUUCAAAGAACUUUGGAUUUGAACAACCAAGUAGUGGAUAGUCAUGGGUUUGAUAAAAAUCAAUUAAACAUUCUACAUGCACAUCAUUGUCAUGAACCGGUUUUCAACAACCCGAUAUCAACACACUGCGAACAGAAUAGAGACGCGCUUAAAGAAAAUCAUUCAGGAUACCUCAUUCAUCCUAACUACAACCAAAUUCCACCGCAUCUGCUUGUGCAAAACCAUCCCUACAACCAGAUAACGGAUACUCACCUACCUAACUACGACGGAGACCCGAUGGCUUACCACGACUGGAUAAACAUGUUCCAGGCUACAGUUGAUAGGAAUCAUACAAUUAGUGACACUCACCGGAUGACUUAUCUACAGGAUUCGGUGUCAGGAAAAGCAAAAGCACUCAUCAAAGGGUACUCAUGUAACCCUGCUUUUUACAAAGCCGCACUGAGGGACCUUCAAAAUCAUUUUGGCGACUCAAACUAUAUUGUGCCCGUAGUUUGGCCCUCCUCUUGUCCCUCAUUUGUGGCUUCUUCUGUAUCGAGUUGCAGGAAAGCAGCUGCUUCGAUCGGGUUUUCCCAGAGUGCGUGGGGGGUGAUUGUAGUCGGGUUUGCGCUGCACCUGAAUAGGUGA